AUGUCACAAGAUAGCCAGAGCUGUGCUGGCCGAGAUGGGCCCCCGUUCCAUGAAACGAAUGUCCUCCAUCAGGUGUUGACGCUUCGUGGGCAAAGCCUCGUGCCAGAAAUCACCGCCAGCAUACAGAAAGGCUUUUUCCAGGUUGACCGCAAGUGGACAUGCUACCGUCGAAACUACUUUGCUGUACAAUGUGCAUUCAACUUCAGAAACAGCAUUGCGGAAGCACCACUCUACCUCAACAAGAAUGGCUCGGAAGAAUUGAUUCAAAACUUUGCUGUUUCCAUUUCUGCAAAGACUGCAGCAACCAACAAUGGUGAGAGCGAAAGUCGGGGCUUGGUCCAGCAUACUCCCAAGCGGGAAAAGGCAACAGAGCGCGUACCCGGUCGGCAGCAAAUUGCGCCCUCGCACAGCCAUGGGUUGGGUCCCAAUGGCACAUACUCAAGUGCUGGACACAUGUACCCAGGCGCGAAUCACCUCCAUUCCACCAGGGGCAGCUUCGGGUCUUUCGACACUCCGGGAGCCAAUUCUCCUCCAACCAACUUCACAUUCGAGCGGAUUCAAUUUCAGAAGGCUACCGCAAACAAUGGCAAACGGCGAGCGCAACAACAAUACUUCUUGGUGGUUGUGGAGCUUGCCGCCAACAUUGGAAGGCAAGGUCACGAUGACUGGGUCAUCAUUGCUACCAAGGAGUCUGACCCUAUGGUGGUGCGUGGUCGUUCGCCAGGCCAUUACAAGGAUAACGGACGCCGAGACAGUCAAGCGAGUAUGGAUCCCGACUGUGGAAGUGGUCAUGGAGCAAGUGCACAUACUGGUCCUCUUUCGUCUGGGGCCUUUGGUCAUGGCCACCCUUCAGUAGCUUGGGAUGGCUAUGGGCCAAACAGACAUUACGGCGGAUCCAACUACCGCCACGCAGGGAACUCUCGCUUCUCACCAGCAAGCGUGGUAUCCUCGAACACACAGGGAGGGACGACAACAGACGCUGAGAUCAAUCCCUCAAACUCACACACGAGGAAAUCAUCGUUCACCUUGUCCUCCGAAACGUCCGCGCUUACACCACUUUCGGAAGGCAGUGACGACAUCAUGUUCAGCAGUCUGGACCGUCGCAGUAUCAGCCGGAAGAGGCCGUUGGAAACUGAUGAGGAAGGGGAUUAUCUGCGAUUUCCAUUGCGAGAACCAUACACCGAUGCCAUGUCAGCGCUCCCCGACUUCUCAACUAGGGCAUACUCCAAAUUGUUGUGCGCGUCAUCAUGA